AUGAACGAACCCGCUGUAGUCGAAACGCGUGGAACGAGUGAAAAGAGCCCAGUAUCGGAGAAAUGCCCCCAAACGUCUACCUCUACUUCGAUUUCCCCAGAUGCAACUUCCCCAAAUGCAAUUUCCGAUGCCCAAAAAGCAACAGACGAUCUGGACAAUGGUCGAGGUUACUCUCGCCUCUCCAUGGUCAUGAUGGUAGUCUUCAGUGGCCUCGCAAUUGGCUCAGACGGUUUCAAUUCCUCCAUCAUUGGAAAUCUUGAAUUGAUCAUGGCAGUUAUCUAUCCAAACUCGCUGACCACCGCAGUAGCCUCUCGGCUAUCCAAUGCAUUUAUGGUCGGCAUGAUUAUCGGCAUGCUCUCAUUUGGUUACAUCUCCGAUAAACUGGGCCGCAAGACUGGUGCAGCUUUGACAACUUCGAUCUUAGUUCUUGGAAUUGCACUGAGUGCCGGCGCUAGCGGACUAAAUGAGAGUGGCAUGUUUUGGAUGCUGAUCAUUGCUCGAGGUAUUGCUGGGGUUGGAGCAGGCGGAGAGUACCCCGUUGCAGGAGCAGGCGCUGCUGAAGCUACAGAUGAAGCCCCGGGAAUUCGCAAACGAAGAGGCUUCAUUUUUGCCAUGAUCGGUGACCUGUCAGCCUCUCUUGGCUUUGCCUUCGGUUCUUUGGUGCCCCUCAUUCUCCUCUUGUGUUUCCAUCAAGAAGUACGGCAUUAUGAGGCUGUAUGGCGGGUCUCCUUAGCCAUGGGGGCCAUUGCUCCUCUUUCGAUCUUCUGGUUUCGCUAUCGUAUGGUUGUUAGCUCUGCAUAUCGCAAGAGCUCUAUGAAAAGGCAGAGAAUACCCUACUGGCUUGCGAUCAAGAAGUAUUGGCGCCCGCUGCUAGGUGUUUGCGCGACUGUAUCAAGUUACAACUACAUCUCCUACCCAUUCGGCCUUUUUGCAUCAACAAUCGUCGAUAGGGUCAAUCCGUCCUCGUCUCUGGCUCUCACAAUGGCAUGGGGUACUUUGAUCAAUUGUUUCUAUAUCCCAGGUGCAUUCAUUGGUGGUUUCCUCUCAGACCGUAUUGGCCGCCGGCGUACCAUGGCCCUAGGGUUCACUCUCCAGGCUAUCCUUGGUUUCAUCCUCGGAGGAGCGUUGGGCCCAAUUGAGACUAAGUUGCCGCUGUUCAUCGUGCUUUAUGGUAUAUUCCUCACCCUUGGAGAAGUUGGUCCAGGGUCUACAAUUGUUCUUACUGCGAGUGAAUGCUUCCCCACAGCAGUUCGCGGCCACGCAGUCGGACUAGCAGCUGCUUGGAGCAAAGCAGGGGCGGCAAUCGGAACACAAGUAUUCAAGCCCAUUAUGGCUAGUUGGGGCGAUGACGAGCUUCGUGGCACCCAGGCCGUCUUUCUCAUUGGAUCCGGGUUCGCCGUUCUGGGUGCUCUCCUGGCGUGGUUUGUGCUCCAAGACAGCAAUAAGAUUUUAGAUCAUGGCGACCAGGAGUGGAAGAAUUACUUAGUCGCUCAUGGCUACACAAAUAUCGAAUGGGGGACUGAAGAGCAGCAUGUCGUACCAGACGAAAAACAGGUUGAUUAG